CUUCAACUUGCUUGAAAGUUUUCCCUGUUGUUUCCUCCUUCUUUUCUUUAAACCUGGCCCCUAUCUGGGCCAAGAAGUAGUAGAUACCAGACCAUCAUGCCGUCCGUCUGUUAUAUGUAUUUAUAAACCCCAGUUCCUGUGCCUGGUUGUGCUAUUUUUAAAAAAAGUUUUUGAGCGUGGAACUCCGCUUUGUUCGCGCCCGUCCGCUAGAUCACGGCUUCGAAAAAUUUCUCGCUCUCUUGUUUCAGACCAGCCAGGAAGACGUUGUGAAGAGGAUGCCCAUGUACUUGUAGUCAGUCAGUGCCGCUUGUUGAGCAAUAGAAAUUGGUUCUGUCGGUUUGUGCUGCGUCGUUUAUAAAGGCUUCGCGCGCGCGCGCCUGUUAUGUAUGUAUAUGUGCGUGUGUCAUUGUUAUCCGGAGGUUGUAUUUUCUGAAGUUGAAUUUGUCACACAGUUCAUCACUCAUUCUACCUCAAGCUGCUCUUAGGGUGAGACAUGGCAGCCAUACCGAGUGCUGUGUUUCCAAGGUUGAUUGAUCGGCAGAAUUUAGGUCUGUUCGGAUUUCCUCUUUUACCACAGCAUAUGGUUACUCCACAACUUGCACCGGCUUAUCCACCAUACUCACCAAAUAAUGAACAGAGUCAGCCAUCUCAAUCUCAUGCUACUGAAGCAAAAGAAAAUUCUCUUUUCCCAUCAUCUAUCAUAACUGCUAAUGGCAUUGAACAACAAACUCCCAAAGAGAAGUCUCCACUCGAUCAUGAGGCACUAUGGUGUCAUCUUUAUAGGCAAACAGAUUUGGACAAUGAAGUGAAUGGAAGCAGCUGCCAAACUAGCACUAGCUCUACAAGUGUUACUACUACUGCUACUACAGAUGCGACAAAAGUCAACCAACCCAAGCGACUUCAUGUUAGUAAUAUACCUUUUCGUUUUAGAGAUCCUGACCUCCGGCAAUUGUUUGGGCAAUAUGGCCCUAUAUUAGACGUUGAGAUAAUAUUCAAUGAGCGUGGAUCGAAGGGGUUCGGGUUUGUAACUUUCGCAAAUAGUGUGGAUGCUGAUCGCUCGAGAGAGCAAUUGAACGGCACGGUGGUAGAGGGCCGAAAAAUAGAGGUAAAUAAUGCUACUGCAAGAGUGCAAACAAAAAAAGUACCUCCAAUACCUAAUGUGGCUGCUCUUCGGGGUGUAGCUAUCCAGAGAGGACGAGCACGUGGUGCUUUAGCUACAGCGUUUGCUCGACAUGCAUCUCCUUUAACUGCUGCAGCAGCUGCAACAGCUCUGCAUGGCUAUGCUCCUCUUUUUUCUAGGGUAUGCCAAGAUCCAUUUCUUGCAUAUGCUGGAGCUGAGAGAUAUCAGUUACCUGCUACAUAUGCAGCUAGUGCAGCUUAUACUGCAGCAGCAGCCCGAAGUUAUGCGGCAGCAGCAGCCGCAGCUGCUGCCCAGCCUGUAGCGUCAUAUGCAGCUGUAGCAGGCACUCCAUCGUUAUAUUAUAGUUAUGCCAGAGAAUAUGCUGAUCCGUAUUUGGCUCAUAGCAUAGGACCUGUUGCUGGAUAUGGGGCUGCUGUCUACAGGACCCGAUUCACUCCAUAUUAGUGUAGGCUAUGUUAGAGGAGUCCCUUCAUCAAAGUGGGUGCUCUGAUGCACAUGAAUUGCUGCAAAUUGCUGAGAGCACAAGAAAAGACUUUUUUCAUUGAAGGCAGAACUGACGCACAUUUUUGCAUUGAGUUUUUAUUUAUUAUCCUCAGUUUGUGACAAAAAGAGACAUGCCAUGACUUCAAACAACAUUUGAUUUAUACAAGAAACAGUUACAGCUGGAACAAAUUUCUUCAUCUACAAUUUUCUGUGGUUCUUAGCUUUUUUUUUUUUUAUUUUAUAAGUAACGUAAUCUUUAAGCUUUUCAUUAUACACCUGCAUUUUAUUUCUAGUCACGUUUCAUUGUUAUGUGGCCUUUUCUAAGCCAGUGUUUUUGCAUCAUUCAUAUGUGUUUAGUCUUUAAAAUGAUUUUUAAGUGCCUAGAAAUCAAAGAUCUGGCAAUUUUAUUUUUAGUAUUCUUCAGUAUUCUAAAAUCAUUUUUUUUUUUUUUUUUUUUUUUUUGUAUGUGAUUUUGUGUUUAGGUUUUUAAUAUGAAUUUAUUUUUUCCCUCGUUCUUUAUAAAAUCAAGUAUUACUGUCUGUUUUGUUUUAAUGGAUUACUCGUUUUUUAAUUAUUUUUUUUAAGUAGUUGUGUUGCGUUUAUGUGAAAUACAAAAUGUAAAAUGAGUAUUAUAGGGAGAAAAUGCAUUAUGUGCUAGUAAACGACAUUUAUUAUUUGAUCUAUCAUUUAUUUAGACAACAAAAUUAUGUAAUUAGAAAUGUAAUCCACAACAAAAUUAUGUAAUUAGAAAUGCAAUCUUUUAAUAUAUGUUUAAUUAUGUCACUGGACAAAAAUAUGAAUCUCAGCUUAAAGGAAUUUUUUUAAAAGCAUGCAUAUUUUGACAACUGGCAGCUAGGCAAUUGCAGCUAUGAAUAAGUAUGUCACCUUUUUUUUUUUUUUUUUUUUUUUUUUUUUGCAUGUGAAGAUUUGUUUUUAUCAAGGAAAAGUAUAUACUCUUAAUUACUAAGUUUUUUGAUAAUACUUAUUUGAAGUUAAAAUGUAAAAAAAAAAAAAAAAAAAAAAAAAAAAAAAAAAUCGUUUUUAUAUUAAUAUUUUCAGAUACUCUUAAAUGAAUCUUUGAUAAAAGAUUGUAAAUAUUAAUUUAUUUUAAUCUAUUUUAACUCACAUCUGCGCACCUUUUUAAAAAUGGUUGUGGGGGGGGGGUUGGCAGGAUAUUUUAAACAUUUGACAAAGCAAAUUGAUAAUUUUCUGAUAUGCUGCCAGACUAAAAAUUAAAAUCUAUAUGUCACAAUCUGAGGUGCAUUUAAUUUUCUAUUUUAACGAGAUUAAUUAAUCAUUUUCAGAUCUGAAAUAAAGGUUGAUUAUAUGUAUAAAUAGGUGCUCAAUGAAACCAAGGAUAAUUACUGGCAAAAAUUUGCAUUUAAUAAUUUUCCCCUGCAGAAGAUUGUAUAUAAUGAUUUUGUGAGUAAUGCUUUCAUUAAUACCAUGUUUGUGUGAAUAGAAUGAAAACUGUAUGAGAAUGUGCACUCUUUUUUAAAAAGUUAAUUUUACUGUCAUGAAAACUUUCAUGGAUUAAACUUACUGGAACGUAAUCAUAUUAAAAAAAUUUUCUUUAAUCAUGUUUUGGCUCACUGAAUCUUAAGUUAUCUUCAUAUAAUUAAGUUUGUCUAAUAUUAAAUUUUUAAUUCAUUUUGUAUAUUUUUCAUCUUUUUAAAUGAUCAUAUCUGCAUUAUCACUAGAAUUCAUAUCCUCACGAAGACUUCCAUAGGUACAGGGCUGUUAGUUUUGUAUAGUAAAUGUAAACAUUGUGCUGGUUCUUUAAAUUUUGUACAGCGAAGAAAGCAUUCAUUCUGCAUAUUUGUAGUUGUCUUGCUUUAUGUAUCAUUUUAUUUAUUAUAUACAUGGCUAUUCUGUUCACUUCAAAAAGAAUCUCUUUUUUACACUGUCCUUUGGUUGAAUUUCAGCCAUGUUUCAUUGUAAGUACAGUAAACAGUACUUGUUUUAACAAUAAAGUCUAAUUCAAAAUCUU